AACAUUCUGUUCCUGCAAAGGUGGUGAGGGCAGCAGUUCCUAAACAGCGCAAAGGCAGCAAGGUUGGUGACUUUGGAGAUGCAAUCAACUGGCCCACACCUGGAGAGAUAGCCCACAAGAGUGUGCAGCCACAGCCCCACAAAUCUCAGCCUGCCCGUAAGCUGCCACCCAAAAAGGACAUGAAGGAACAGGAGAAAGGAGAGGGGAGCGAUAGUAAGGAGAGCCCGAAAACCAAGUCGGAUGAGUCGGGGGAGGAGAAGAACGGGGACGAGGACUGCCAGCGAGGGUGUCAGAAGAAGAAAGGGAACAAACACAAGUGGGUCCCAUUGCAAAUAGACAUGAAGCCUGAAGUGUCCAGAGAGAAACUGGCCUCCCGCCCUGUUCGCCCGCCAGAGCCACGACACACACCUGCUAACCGCGGGGAGAUCAAAGGGUCUGAGCCUGCCACCUACAUGCCUGUGCCUGUGGCCCCCCCCACUUCAGCCUGGCAACCAGAGACCAAACCGGAGCCUGCCUGGCCUGACCAGGAUGAGACAUCGAGUGUGAAGAGUGAUGGGGCUGGUGGGGCACGGGCUUCCUUCCGCGGCCGUGGACGGGGGCGUGGUCGUGGCCGGGGACGUGGCCGGGGUGGCACUCGAACCCAUUUUGACUACCAGUUCAGCUACCGAAAGUUUGAUGGUGCAGAGGGUCCUCGAACCCCCAAGUACAUGAACAACAUCACCUACUACUUCGACAAUGUCAGCAGCACUGAGCUUUAUAGUGUGGAUCAGGAGCUGCUCAAAGACUACAUCAAGCGCCAGAUUGAAUACUACUUCAGCGUGGACAAUUUAGAGCGAGACUUCUUCCUGCGACGGAAAAUGGAUGCAGACGGUUUCCUUCCCAUCACUCUUAUUGCUUCCUUCCACCGAGUGCAGGCCCUUACCACUGACAUUUCACUCAUCUUUGCGGCCCUAAAAGACAGCAAGGUGGUAGAGAUUGUUGAUGAGAAAGUCCGCAGGAGGGAGGAGCCGGAGAAAUGGCCUCUUCCUGGUCCCCCAAUAGUGGAUUAUUCCCAGACCGAUUUCUCCCAGCUGCUCAACUGCCCUGAGUUUGUCCCCCGCCAGCACUACCAGAAGGAGACAGAGUCGGCUCCUGGCUCUCCUCGUGCAGUCACCCCAGUGCCAACCAAAACAGAGGAGGUCAGCAACCUAAAGACACUGCCCAAGGGCCUGUCUGCCAGCCUGCCUGACCUGGAUUCCGAGAACUGGAUUGAGGUGAAGAAGAGGCCUCGGCCCUCCCCAGCACGACCCAAGAAGUCAGAGGAGCCUAGAUUCCUCCACCAGACCUCUCUGCCUCAGCAGCUGCCCUCUCAGCAGCUGAUGUCCAAGGAUCAGGAUGAGCAAGAGGAACUAGAUUUCCUGUUUGACGAGGAGAUGGAGCAGAUGGAUGGGCGGAAGAACACCUUCACUGCCUGGUCUGAUGAGGACUCUGAUUAUGAGAUAGAUGACCGAGAUGUCAACAAGAUCCUCAUUGUCACUCAGACACCACCUUACAUGCGCCGGCACCCAGGGGGGGACCGCACAGGCAACCACACCUCCCGUGCCAAGAUGAGUGCUGAGCUGGCCAAGGUCAUUAAUGAUGGGCUCUUCUACUAUGAGCAGGACCUGUGGACUGCAAAGUUCGAACCUGAGUACUCCCAGAUCAAGCAGGAAGUCGAGAACUUCAAGAAAGUCAACAUGAUCAGCCGGGAGCAGUUUGACACACUAACCCCUGAGCCCCCUGUGGAUCCCAACCAGGAGGUCCCUCCUGGGCCACCUCGAUUCCAGCAAGUUCCCACUGAUGCCCUGGCCAACAAGUUGUUCGGUGCUCCUGAGCCCUCUACCAUUGCCCGCUCUUUACCAACCACUGUCCCAGAGUCUCCAAACUACCGCAAUGCCAGGACCCCCCGCACUCCCCGGACACCACAGCUCAAAGACUCAAGCCAGACGUCACGGUUUUACCCAGUGGUAAAGGAAGGACGGACACUAGAUGCCAAGAUGCCUCGGAAAAGGAAGACAAGACACAGCUCCAACCCACCCUUGGAGAGUCAUGUUGGCUGGGUGAUGGAUUCCCGAGAGCACAGGCCCCGGACUGCUUCCAUCAGCUCCAGCCCCUCAGAAGGGACGCCUACGGUUGGCAGCUAUGGCUGUACCCCUCAGUCGCUGCCCAAGUUCCAGCAUCCUUCCCAUGAGCUGCUCAAGGAAAAUGGCUUCACACAACACGUCUACCACAAGUAUCGUAGGCGCUGCCUUAAUGAGCGGAAACGCUUGGGCAUUGGCCAGUCUCAGGAGAUGAACACUCUCUUUCGAUUUUGGUCCUUCUUCCUCCGAGAUCACUUUAACAAGAAGAUGUAUGAGGAGUUCAAGCAGCUGGCUCUGGAGGAUGCCAAAGAAGGCUACAGAUAUGGUUUGGAGUGCCUUUUUCGAUACUAUAGUUAUGGCCUAGAAAAGAAGUUCCGGCUGGACAUAUUCAAGGAUUUUCAGGAAGAAACCGUGAAGGACUACGAAGCCGGUCAGCUCUAUGGGCUGGAGAAAUUCUGGGCCUUCUUGAAAUAUUCCAAAGCCAAAAAUUUGGAUAUUGACCCCAAACUUCAAGAAUACCUCGGCAAAUUCCGACGUCUCGAAGACUUCCGAGUGGAUCCCCCCAUGGGUGAAGAGGGCAACCACAAGCGACACCCAGUGGUAGCAGGAGGUGGUGGCGGUGAGGGCAGGAAGCGGUGCCCCUCCCAGUCUUCCAGCAGGCCCGCUACCGUGAUCAGCCAACCCCCCACACCACCCGCCGGCCAGCCCACACGGGAAGAUGCCAAAUGGACAAGCCAGCACUCAGACACACAGACUUUGGGAAAGUGAUGAAAAACCCCUUAGCCCUGAGGGUUUGGAGGGAAGGAGGGUGGGCAAGAGUCCAUGGGGGCGCCCAGUCCCAGGAGAGGGGACAGAGAAGGGACAGGCCUAGAGUCAUUAGGAUGGGCCUUUGUGCUGAGUAGCAGUGUGUAUACCUUUUGGGCUAUCAGAGGUACCCCUGGGCAGGAGCCUCCACGUAUCCCCUUCCUCCUCUCUCCAUGACUCUUCUUCACAUCCUGUCUUCUUCUAAGGGGGGAGGGAACGGGGGGAGAUUUUAUAUAUAUAUAUAUAUAUAUAUAUACAUAUACAUAUAUAUAUCAAGUUUUAAAUUAUUGAUAGUUCAUUUGGAUUACCAAAAUUACUCUGUAGCCCUGCCCACGGCUGAUAGGCCACAACCCUGGUCCCUACCCCACAGCCUCCUGCUCCCCCUCAAGCCAACUAUGCAGCCCACAAGAAGGACCUGUGGGCCCCAUUGCCCAGCACUGUCCCGUGGAAGGCUCUGCAGCACCCCUGGGCCCCACGAGCACCGGCCCUUGUCACCUGGGCCUUGCUAUCACCAUGUUCUCCCUGCUGUCCCUACCAUGCCCUUCUGCCAUCUUCUGGGAGAAGGAAACCAAAGGAUCUAAAAGGAGGUGGAGGGAGGUUUUGGCCUCUUCCCUCUCUCCACGCCCCCUGCUCCCAGCCCAGAGAGACGCUGCUCAUACCAGAAAAAAGACUAUUGAAAGAUGAUUUAUUUUAUUUUUCUCUGACCUUUCCAUCCUUGGGGAAGAAGGAAAAAAAAAAAAAAAAAAAAAAA